UUCAGGACAGAAAAUGGCGACGGCGGGGAGCCGGACGUCGUCGUUAGGCGGAUUAUUAGACUCCAGUAGCGGCACAAACGUCGGGAACGGACUUCAGGGCAGUUCCAACGGCUCCGCGCUUUCGAACAGCAGCGGGAAAGUGAAGAGAAAUGCCGGGGAGAGUUCACAGUGGAGGCGGAAAGUGAGGAGUGUGGAUCUGGAUAAAUGCGAGAGCGGGACUGCAGCGCUGCACUUCCUCACGGUGUCCGGUCCCGGCUCGAUCCAGACCGCCUUACUGCAGCAGAGCCUCGCCGACCCGCCGCUCAGCGACAAAACAAGCAAUAAUCUGUGUAACAGUGCUCAGGAAUGGAUGAAAAGCUCUUUAAAGAGCAGCAGUGAGAGUCCGAGCGCUGAUCAUGGAGGGGCUGCUGUGGACCUGAACGCUUCACACAACAGUCGGGACAUGGAGAACAAGGAGACUCUGCGCGGGCUGCAGAAGAUGGAGGACCGGCCAGAGGAGCGUUUGAUCCGAGAGAAGCUCAAAGCCACCUGUAUGCCCACCUGGAAGAGCGAGUGGCUGGAGAGGCGGAGCAGGAGAGGGCCAAUGGUGGUGAAGCCCAUUCCUCUGAGAGCUGAUGGCACUGAAGCCGGAAGCGACAGUCACAGUUCAUCUUCCUCUCAAAGCAGAGGUCAUCGCAGCCCUUCACCUGGACCUUCCUCCUUCUCAGCCGCCUCUUCCUCCUCCUCAUCGUCCUCCAAUAAGACCACUGGGAAGCCUGAUUCUCCUGGUCUGCGCAGACGGAGAGGAUCCCCAGUGCCUAGCGGCAGGGUGACGCCCCCUCGGAGAGCUCCCUCUCCUGAUGGCUUUUCCCCGUAUAGUCCAGAGGAGACCAACCGCAGGGUCAACAAGGUCAUGAGAGCUCGCCUAUACCUGCUGCAGCAGAUAGGACCCAACUCAUUCUUGAUUGGCGGAGACAGUCCUGACAACAAAUUCCGGGUGUUCAUUGGUCCACAGACGUGUAGCUGUGGCCGAGGGACGUUCUGCAUCCACGUGCUCUUUGUCAUGCUCCGAGUCUUCCAGCUGGAGCCGUCAGACCCUCUGCUGUGGCGCAAGACCCUCAAAAACUUUGAGGUGGAGAGCUUGUUUCAGAAGUAUCACAAUCGGCGCAGCUCGCGCAUCAAAGCUCCUUCACGCAGCACCAUCCAGAAGUUUGUGUCUCGCAUGUCCAACUCUCACACGUCAUGUGCCUCUAGCGCCUCCCCUUCCAGCAAUGAAAGCAGUAUGAAGGAUGAGGAGGAGCAGAUGUGCCCUAUCUGUCUGUUGGACAUGCUAGAUGAGGAAAGUCUGACGGUGUGUGAAGAGGGCUGCAGAAACAAACUCCACCAUCACUGCAUGUCUAUAUGGGCCGAGGAGUGCCGGAGAAAUCACGACCCGUUAAUCUGCCCUCUGUGUAGAGCCAAGUGGAAGUCUCAUGAUUUUUACAGUUAUGAAGCACCAUCUACAGUGGAAAGCACAACAAACCGCUCCCAGAGUCAAACAACUGGUUCUUCUUCAACGUCUUCAUCUCAUCACACUGAGAGCUCGAGAACGGGCCAGGAGGGCAACUUCUCUCUCCCACAAUAUGGAGUUCAGCACAUUCCACAGACGUACUCAGAGCUCGCCGAACCCUGGAUCAAGGUGUUUGGUUUGGAGCUGGUCGGCUGUCUCUUUUCCCGAAACUGGAACAUCAGAGAAAUGGCUCUUCGGCGGCUGUCACAUGACGUGAGCGGCGCCCUCUUGUUGGCCAACGGCGAGCAUUCAUUGGCCGGAGCGAGUGCAGGGGCGGGGCUAGGAACGGCUGCAGAGGAGGUGUCCGGAGACGUGGUGGUGGAGUCCUGCUGUAGCGUGCUCUCCAUGGUCUGCGCUGACCCCGUCUACAAAGUCUACGUGGCAGCACUGAAAACCCUGCGAGCGAUGCUGGUCUACACCCCCUGUCACUCUGUGUCAGAGCGGAGUCGAUUACAGCAGCUGCUGCGGCCCGUAGUGGAAACCAUCCUGGUCAAGUGUGCAGACGCUAACAGUCGCACCAGUCAGCUGUCCGUCUCCACUCUGCUGGAGUUGUGCAAAGGGCAGAUGGGGGAACUCGCUGUGGGAAGAGAAAUCCUCAAAGCAGGCUCUAUUGGUAUUGGUGGAGUUGACUAUGUCCUGAACUGUAUCUUGGGCUCUAAAACGGAGGCCAAUAACUGGCAAGCACUGCUGGGUCGACUGUGUCUGAUCGACAGGCUCUUACUGGAGUUUCCUGCUGAAUUCUACCCUCACAUUGUGUCAGGUGGAGACUGCAACCAGACCCAAAACAUUGUGGAGAGGUACCAGAAGCUGCUGCCUCUUCUAAGUUUCGCACUGCAGUCCAUUGAUAACUCUCACUCCAUGGUGGGUAAACUCUCUCGUCGCGUCUUCCUGAGCGCUGCCCGUAUGGUAGCGCGUGUGCCUCAUGUCUUCGUUAAGCUCCUGGACAUGCUCAACGUCACCAGUUCCACUCAUUACGCCCGCAUGCGUCGCCGUCUUCUGGCCAUCGCUGAGGAGAUGGACAUCCUGGACGCCAUCCACCUGGGACUAGACGACCUCCAAACCGGGCACAGUUCGCACUCCAGUGCUUUCCUCGAACCCUCAGCCCCCCAUAACUCCCCAUGCACGACUGAAAGAAACUCUCCCACCCAUGAUCUACAGCAGGCCACCACCAAGGUGGUGCUUUCAGGUCAAGCCAGUUCAGCUCCUGUGGACGAUAUAACAGAGAGACUCUCAAACGUCGUCACGAGCCCUUCAGAGUUUCCAAAGCCCCCCGUUCAGGCCCGAAACAGACCCGCGAGUCAGUGUUUGAACUCCCCGUCUUCCAGUCAUCCCCCGAGCCUUCCUUCUCUGUCCAUGGCUAACGCCUCAGCCUUCCCUCCAGAAAACCCCAAAGCCCUGCCACAGAGUUUUAUGCCUAACAAACUCACCCAGUCCUCACUGAGUGCCCAGCGCAAGCUGCCACUGCAGAAGGGUUUAAGCGGAGGCGUCUGUAGCGGCGUUAAGGAGCUGGAGAAGCUGCCUUCGCCUGUGUUUACCCAAGCUCGGCCGCUGCCCUUGAAUCAGAUCCACUGGCCCAGACCCUCUCGGCCCUCUCCCGCUGCCUCAUCUGACGGAGCUAAAGCUUUAACCCCAGCGACAAAGAGCAAUAUGAAACUGGACCUUCAGGAGGUCAGGUCCAGAGACAACGUGGGCUGCAGCGGCGGAUCUGCUCUCAUUCCCAGCGAGGAUUCGGUCUUCACCCCAGUGGAGGAGAAAUUCCACGGGCUGGACGCCUCGGUUGAUCUCAGCUCCAGCAUGGAGGACCUGUUGGAAGCCUCCAUACCUGCGGCAGACAGCACGGUCACCUUCCAGUCCGAAGUGGCAGUGCUGUCUCCGGAGCAGGCGAACACGAACGACGACACGUACAGCGAGGACGUGACCCAGAACCAGAAGUGCAAGGAGAAGAUGGAAGCUGAGGAAGAGGAGGCGCUGGCUGUGGUCAUGGCGAUGUCAGAGUCGCAAGAUGCCCUGCCCGUCAUCCCGCAGUUACAGGUGGAAAAAGGAGAGGACGUGAUCAUUAUUCAGGUGGAUACACCAGAGACUCUGCCUGGUCAUACCAAAGCAAAGCAGCCAUACAGGGAGGGCAUGGAAUGGCUAAAAGGUCAGCAGAUUGGCCUGGGUGCCUUUUCGUCAUGUUACCAGGCUCAGGAUGUGGGCACUGGCACUUUGAUGGCUGUCAAACAGGUGACGUAUGUGAGGAACACCUCCUCUGAGCAGGAAGAAGUGGUGGAGGCACUACGAGAGGAGAUCCGCAUGAUGGGUCUCCUCAACCACCCAAACAUCAUCCGAAUGCUUGGGGCAACCUGUGAGAAAAACAACUACAACCUGUUUGUGGAGUGGAUGGCAGGUGGCUCCGUAUCUCAUCUCCUAAAUAAGUAUGGUGCCUUUAAGGAGGGUGUGAUCAUCAACUACACCGAACAGCUCUUACGAGGUCUUUCCUACCUCCACGAAAACCAGAUCAUCCACCGUGACAUCAAAGGUGCCAAUCUACUAAUUGACAGCACGGGCCAGAGGUUGCGUAUAGCUGAUUUUGGGGCAGCGGCACGCCUGGCUUCGAAAGGCACCGGUGCAGGGGAGUUUCAGGGUCAGCUACUGGGAACCAUUGCCUUUAUGGCUCCUGAGGUGCUGAGAGGGCAGCAGUACGGUCGCAGCUGUGAUGUCUGGAGUGUGGGCUGUGCUAUUAUCGAGAUGUCCUGUGCGAAGCCGCCCUGGAAUGCAGAGAAACACUCCAACCACCUGGCGCUCAUUUUUAAGAUCGCCAGCGCCACCACAGCGCCCACCAUCCCGCCCCACCUGUCUCCAGGCCUGCGGGACGUCACCCUGCGCUGCCUCGAACUUCAGCCCUCCGACCGGCCGCCCUCCAGAGAGCUGCUGAAGCAUCCCGUCUUCCGCCACAGCUGGUAGACCCGCCACAGCCGCGAGACGUCAGACUACUGAAGGCCACGUCCGGCCUGUGCCUCAUACUGCUGUCACGUGUUCCUAGUGCAAGUUAUUCUGUCUUUCUCUUGCCUGAACAAACAAAA